AUGCCAUCCGACGACUACAGCUCAAUAGCCCGCGGCCCUCUCCGGCUCAAAGGCGCUGCGGGCGUCACCAAGAAGAAAAAGAAGAAGGACAAGAGCAAGAAGGAUUCCUCAACCACCGAUCUCGCGAAGAGCCUCUCGACGGGGGACGACGAAGCACGGCAAAGGGAAGCUAGGUCGAGGGAGCGGUCGACGGAUGAUACUGGCCGUGGGGAUGGUGCGAAGUUAUGGGAGGAACGGGAGGAUGGCGAAGGGGCAGAUGCUGGGGAACAGGGCGAUGAGGAAGACGAGGAAGCCAAGACGGAGACGGAGAGGCGCUUUGCGGAGGCGAAGAGGAAGAGGUUAAAAGAACUAACCGAGUCUGGGCGCAUCCGACCCGAGCUGCUCAAGACACACAAGCAACGGGUCGAAGAGCUCAAUGCACAUCUAGCCCGGUUGAGCGAACAUCAUGAUAUGCCGAAGAUUGGGCCAGGGUAG